CUUGCUCCCAGUUUCCGGAAUUCGAGCUAGUGAUUCUUUAUCCUCUUUUUUUUCUUCUUCUUCUCAGCACACCUUAUUUCUCAGAUUCACCAUGGCACCGUCAGCAUCCAAGGAAAAGCGCCUCGCCAAGCGCGCUGCUGAGGGGAAGAAGACGGUCGCCUCGCGGUCGAAGGCCAACUCUAAGAAUGCCAGCGCCGCCGCCUCCGUAAACGGGGAUGAGACCCCCCCGACCGAGCUUGACGCUCAUGGAAACCCCGUCGAACCUGAUGAGCCCGCUACGUCCUCCGACAAAAUGGGCGAGGUUAAGCGCCUGGCCGAGCAGCUGGACAAGCAUGGUCUUUCGGACCGAGUCACCACCGGUGUCCUGGCCUCAACCUCCACCAGCAAGGACGUGAAGAUGACCAGUGUGAGCUUGGUGUUCCACGGUCGGGUCCUAAUCACAGAUUCCACGCUCGAACUCACCUCGGGCCGCCGAUACGGCCUGUUGGGCGAGAACGGUUGCGGCAAGAGUACACUGCUGAAGGCCAUCGCCGCCCGCGAGUACCCGAUCCCCGAGCACGUAGACAUCUAUCUCCUGAACGAGGGUGCUCCUCCCAGCGACCUCGGCGCCCUGGAGUGGGUUGUCAAGGAAGCCGAGCUCGAGAUGGAGCGCCUCGAUAAGCUGGCCGAGAAGCUGCUCGAGGAGGAGGGCCCCGAGUCCCCCGUCCUGAUGGAUCUUUAUGAGCAUAUGGAGACGAUGGAUCCCUCGACCUUCGCGACUCGCGCCUCGCUCAUUCUGACGGGUCUCGGUUUCAACAAAGAAACCAUCCACAAGAAGACCAAGGACAUGUCCGGAGGGUGGAGGAUGCGUGUUGCUCUCGGCAAGGCGCUGUUCGUCAAGCCCACGCUCUUGCUCCUUGACGAUCCUACUGCCCAUUUGGAUCUCGAGGCUUGCGUGUGGCUGGAGGAGUAUCUCAAGAAAUGGGAACGCACCCUUGUUCUGGUUUCCCACUCCAUGGAUUUCCUAAACGGCGUGUGCUCACAGAUGAUCGACAUGAGGGACAAGAAACUUAUCUACUAUGGUGGCAACUACGACUCCUACACCAAGACCAGGUCCGAGCAGGAGACGAACCAGAUGAAGGCCUACCAGAAGCAGCAAGACGAAAUUGCCCACAUCAAGAAGUUCAUCGCCAGUGCCGGUACUUACGCCAACCUGGUUAGACAGGCCAAGUCGCGCCAGAAGAUUCUCGACAAGAUGGAGGCCGAUGGCUUCAUCCAGCCCGUCGUUGCCGACAGGGUCUUCACUUUCCGCUUUGCUGAUGUCGAAAAGCUGCCCCCGCCAGUUCUAUCCUUCGAUGCCGUGACCUUUUCCUACUCGGGCAACCCCAAGGAUGACCUGUACCGCAACAUUGACCUCGGCUUCGACAUGGACUCGCGGACUGCUCUUGUUGGACCGAACGGUGUCGGCAAGUCCACGCUGUUGCGUCUCAUGACGGGCAAGCUGUCUCCCACCGGCGGUUCAGUGACAAGGCAUACUCAUUUGAAGAUGGGCUUGUACUCGCAACACUCAGCCGAGCAGCUCGACCUCACCAAGUCGGCGCUCGACUUUGUGCGGGACAAGCACAAGGACAAGUCGCAGGACUACCAGUACUGGAGGCAGCAGCUCGGCCGUUAUGGUCUAACGGGAGAGGCACAGACUUCAUUGAUUGGCACUUUGUCCGACGGACAGAAGAGUCGUAUCGUCUUCGCCAUGCUCGCCAUCGAGGGGCCAAACAUGCUGUUGCUCGACGAGCCCACGAACGGUUUGGAUAUCCCCACAAUCGACAGUUUGGCGGAUGCUAUCAACGCGUUCAGCGGUGGUGUCAUCGUUGUGAGCCACGACUUCAGGUUAUUGGACAAGAUCGCCAAGCAGAUUCUCGUGUGCGAAAACAGGACUAUUAAGCAAUGGGACGGCACCAUCUCCGACUACAAGAACUACUUGCGGAAGAAGAUGAUCUCUGCCGGCGCUGUUUGAAGUGGUUGAAGGGCACAGUUCGGAUGCACGAGAGGAGUAGAAUAACGGCAGGCCGCACCGCAGCCGGUGCGCUACACAACAUGCCACCCUGCAAAGCGGCCUGGCGAAAAGGGGGUCGCCCCGGGGCGCCCAAGAUCGCACGAAAAGCGCGCCGAGGGGCAGGAAGGUGGUUGGAUCAGUAUGGCCGCGGUCAUUUGCGUGGCCAUGAUGCUUUUGGGACGGGAUAGACUGUGACCC